AUGGAUCCCCGGGGUAACCCGUACAGGACUCCGUCGCCUGGGCAUCCGCUCCAGCAAGGAUAUCAGCUUGACGAGAACCCGUACGGCCAUCAUCCUCAGAAUCCCCAGAUGCCUGAUAUUGGACGGCUAGCCAGUCCAAGUGAUCAGCUACACAUCAACCCCGCUCACCCCGCGGAUUACUCAAUAAACCCAGAGGCCCAUCACGAUGCCUAUUACAACGCGCCCUAUGAGCCACACCCGCAAGACGGCCAAGGCUAUGACCAGCACCCAUAUAGCGAUCAGCAAGGCUACGAUCAGCAGGGAUACGAACAGCAGGGCUACGAUUAUGACGACCAGCGGCCGAUGCUCUCCCACCAGAAUACCGAACAACUUCCUCUCAAUCAAUAUCAAGAUACCCGGCCAGUCACGCCGACUGGUGGUAUCAAAAGAUGGAAAACGGUAAAGCAGGUGCUCCUGUAUCGCGGCAACCUGGUGCUUGAUUGUCCAGUGCCUCCAGUUAUGUUGCGCGAAAACCCCCACGGCGAGCGUGACGAGUUUACACACAUGCGCUACUCGGCUGCAACCUGUGACCCCAAGGAUUUCUACGACGAAAACUUUACCCUGCGCCAAAAACUCUUCAGCAAACCACGCCACACUGAGCUCUUCAUUGUCGUCACCAUGUACAAUGAGGAUGACGUCUUGUUUGCGCGAACCAUGGUGGGUGUCUUCAAGAACAUCGAAUACAUGUGCAACCGUCCCAACAGCAAGACGUGGGGCAAGGACGCUUGGAAAAAGAUUGUCGUCUGCAUAGUCAGCGAUGGCCGUGCCAAGAUCAAUCCCCGAACAAGAGCCGUGUUGGCAGGUCUCGGAGUCUAUCAAGAGGGUAUCGCCAAGCAGCAGGUCAACAACAAAGACGUGACUGCCCACAUUUACGAGUACACCACACAGACACACUUGCAGCUUAACAAGGACGUUGUCUCGCUCGUCCACCGCCGACAGCCUGUUCAGCUACUUUUCUGCCUCAAGGAGAAGAACGCGAAAAAGAUCAACUCUCACAGAUGGUUCUUCCAAGCGUUUGGCCGUGUGUUGGACCCCAACAUUUGCGUCCUCAUUGACGCUGGUACGAGGCCCGGUGGUAGCUCCAUCUAUCACCUCUGGAAGGCGUUUGAUUUGGAGCCCAUGUGCGGAGGUGCCUGUGGUGAGAUCAAGGCCAUGUUGGGUACUGGUGGCAAAAACUUGAUCAACCCCCUUGUCGCGACACAGAAUUUUGAAUACAAGAUGAGCAACAUUCUAGACAAGCCCCUGGAAUCGGCUUUUGGUUUCAUUUCUGUGUUGCCUGGUGCCUUUUCAGCUUAUCGAUAUGUCGCCUUGCAGAACGACAAGAACGGCCAAGGCCCUCUCGAAAAGUAUUUCUUGGGUGAAACGCUCCACGGUGGCGGUAAAGCAGGUCUCUUCGAGUCCAACAUGUAUCUGGCCGAAGAUCGUAUUCUCUGCUUCGAGCUGGUUACCAAGCGAAACUGCCAUUGGAUCCUGCAGUACGUCAAGUCCGCCACUGGUGAGACUGAUGUGCCCGACACGGUGACGGAAUUGGUUCUCCAACGACGUCGUUGGCUCAACGGUUCCUUCUUUGCUGCUAUUUAUGCUAUUGCUCACUUCCACGACUUCUUCCGCUCCGAUCAUUCCUUUUUCCGAAAGAUGGCAUUCUUCGUUGAGUUUGUGUUCAACACCAUCAACAUGAUCUUUGCUUGGUUUGCGAUUGGCAACUUCUUCCUGGUUUUCAAGAUUCUGACGACAAGUUUGGGCUCGGAUACCCUUUUGGGCAAAACGGGUGAAAUCUUGGGCGUUGUAUUUGAAUGGCUAUAUGGCGUUAUCCUCAUCACCUGCUUUGUCUUGUCUUUGGGCAAUCGGCCGGCAGGGUCUGGUAAGCUUUAUUCGGCCAUGGUCUGGUUCUGGGCAAUUAUUAUGAUCUACUUGAUGUUUGCAGCCAUCUUCAUCGCCGUCAAGGCCAUCAUCGCGGAUCUCAACGACGGAGACGGAUUCAACAUUAGCCAGCUGUUUAAGAACCAGGUUUUCUACACGCUCAUCGUUUCCGUCAUGUCAACCUACGGUAUCUGGCUCAUUGCAUCCCUCCUCAUGUUCGACCCGUGGCACAUGGUUACUUCUUUCGUUCAGUACAUGCUUCUGACGCCAACCUUUACCAACGUUCUCAACGUCUACGCCUUUUGCAACACCCACGACGUGUCUUGGGGUACAAAGGGUGACGAUAAGGUGGAGAAGCUGCCGUCCGUCAACACCAAAGAUGGUGAGGGUAAAACGGACCUUCCCGACGAGGGUGAUUUGAACGCACAGUACCAGCGAGAAGUCGCAAUGUUCAGCGUAAAAUUCAAGGAAGAAAAGAAGGACCCCACGCCGGCACAGCUCCAGGAGAAGCAGAUGGACUACUACCGAGGUGUGCGUACUGGUGUCGUGCUCAUCUGGAUGAUUACAAACUUUGCGCUUGCUGCUGUCGUCUUGAGCUCUGCUGGUCUGGAGAGGAUCACGCCUGGUAAUUCGGAUGAUCAAGAAGCACAGCAGACGGAGCGAUCCAACAUUUACAUGGCCGUUGUUCUGUGGAGUGUUGCUGCGCUGAGUAGCUUCAAGUUCCUCGGAGCUAUGUGGUUCCUCAUUGUCAGACUCUUCAGAGGUGUCUAA